CAGGAAUGUAACAGUACGAGCUCACACGUUCACGCGCAGAGGACUCGCGCUGUCGGACUCACGAGAGGAACUGUGCGAUGUGCGCGGACUCUCCAGCAGAUUCAAAAGAAAGCGUUGUCCUGCGACGUCGUAACUGAAGAGCCAGUUGACUUGAGUCUGACUCACGAAAAAGUCAAAGUUUGCUGCAGAUAAAUAAGAAAACUGUAGGUUGAACAGCUGACAGCUCGAGCCCAACCCACCACGCUGGCAAUCCGCUGUGACUGGACUGUUAAUUCAUCCGAACCGCUGAACUGAACUGCUUAGAAACCAGCAAAAUAUCUAGUAAACCACAGUGUUAGUCUUUCUAUCUCUCUUAGAUACGAAGUUUUGUCUGUACGUUUUGCAAAAUGUUCAGCUGGGCGAACAAGGACGGGAAGAAAAAGGACCCCGAACUGUUUCAGACAGUGUCGGACGGGUUGAAGCGAUUGUACAGGACCAAAUUAUUUCCAUUAGAAGACACGUAUCGCUUCCAUGAUUUCCACUCUCCGGCUCUGGAGGACGCCGAUUUCGACAACAAACCCAUGGUAUUGUUAGUUGGGCAGUAUUCCACGGGGAAAACAACUUUUAUUCGGCAUCUUAUGGAGCAGGAUUUUCCCGGAAUGCGCAUAGGCCCCGAACCGACCACGGACUCAUUCAUUGCGGUCAUGUACGGGGACCAGGAGGGGCUCAUCCCGGGCAACGCUUUAGUGGUUGACCCUAAGAAACCUUUCCGAAAACUUAACGCCUUUGGAAACGCCUUUCUCAACAGGUUUAUAUGUGCUCAAAUGCCAAAUCCAGUGCUGGACAGCAUCAGCAUCAUAGACACUCCUGGGAUUCUGUCCGGAGAGAAACAGCGGAUCAGCAGAGGUUACGACUUCGCAGCUGUGCUCGAAUGGUUUGCGGAACGCGUGGACCGCAUCAUUCUUCUCUUUGACGCACACAAGUUGGACAUCUCAGAUGAGUUCUCUGAGGUGAUCCGCGCCCUGAAGAACCAUGAGGACAAGAUGCGGGUGGUGCUCAACAAAGCUGACCAGAUCGGCACUCAGCAGCUCAUGAGGGUGUAUGGUGCCCUCAUGUGGUCUCUUGGUAAAAUUGUCAACACUCCAGAGGUGAUCCGAGUGUAUAUCGGCUCUUUCUGGGCUCAGCCACUGCUGGUUCCUGAUAACAGGAAACUGUUUGAGGCAGAGGAGCAAGACCUUUUCCGUGACAUCCAAGGACUUCCACGUAAUGCAGCACUUCGCAAGUUAAAUGACCUAAUCAAACGUGCCCGUCUAGCAAAAGUUCAUGCCUACAUCAUCAGUGCUUUGAAAAAAGAAAUGCCAAACAUGUUUGGGAAAGAGAAUAAGAAAAAGGAGCUCAUUGCCAACCUGGGUGAAAUCUACACAAAGAUUGAAAAAGAGCAUCAGAUCUCCCCUGGUGAUUUCCCCAAACUCAGUAAAAUGCAGGAAAUUCUUGCUGGUCAGGACUUCACAAAGUUCCAAGCACUAAAGCCCAAGCUGCUGGAAUCAGUGGAGGACAUGCUGGCCAACGACAUCGCCAAACUUAUGACCCUUGUAAGGCAGGAAGAAGCUGCCAUGCCCAGCCAGUCUGUCCAUGGUGGUGCUUUUGAGGGCACCAUGAAUGGACCUUUCGGGCAUGGUUAUGGAGAGGGAGCUGGUGAAGGCAUUGAUGAGCUGGAGUGGAUUGUGGCAAGAGACAAACCAACUUACGAUGAGAUCUUCUACACCCUGUCACCUGUCAAUGGGAAGGUUUCAGGAGCCAUGGCCAAGAAGGAGAUGGUCAAAUCUAAGCUGCCCAACACUGUUCUAGGAAAAAUCUGGAAGCUUGCUGACGUGGAUAAGGAUGGGUUCCUGGAUGACGAGGAGUUUGCCCUGGCUAACCACCUCAUCAAGGUUAAGCUGGAGGGUCACGAAUUACCUGCUGAGCUUCCUGAUCACCUUGUGCCUCCUUCUAAACGAGGACAGUAACACAUUUGGGAAAAUAAAUGUUAUUAUUUAGCCAAACUGAGCAGAAGUUAUGAAAAUGGGUGAAAAAGGGGUCUAUAAAUAUAAAUAUAUAUGCAAAGAAUUUAUGAAAUAAACAAGCAGUUUGUGUUGGAUGUGAAAAGGAGCCAAACAGCUUUUAACUUAUACAUCAUUACAGUUAUUUUGUGGUUUUCAUUAUUAUUUUCACAUUAUCUUCUUUGCUCUUGUUAAACCAGUAGUUUGCAAUCUAAUCAAAACAUAGAAUAUUAAGAAAUCAGAUAACACUGUCACUGUGUUUCUCAAAUUCUAGAUGUAGCCUUAUUCCAUUAAAGCAUGUAGGAUGAUAUGCUGGCAGGGAGGUCCAUUAUGACCAAACAAUUCUGAAGGCUGUAAUAGAAAGCUCUUAGUAGUCACAUAGACUAUUGAAAGUUAGUGAAAUUUGUCAUUUAUUUUUAUUUUUUUUUUUAUCUUUUACACAGUUGUUUUCUGUACUUUUGUUACUUCAGGUGUUCUCACAUUAAAGUCAUGUUUGGAGAAAAGUUUCUGCUUCAUGCUUAAACUAUCAUUAAUUUUCCAAAUGGUCCAUGUCGUUUAUAUUGUUGAUCACUUCUCACAGUAUCAGAGUCUUUCCUCACAUUUUUCUUCUCUGUUUAGAUUUGCCUGACUUAAUUGAUCUUUGUCCGAGCACUAAUGUUUGUAGAUUUCAUAAAUAAAUGAACCGUAUCCUCAUGAGGUGUGCUGUUGAGUCUGGUAUAUAUUAAAAAAGCAACAACCCUUGAGCUGCUUUCCCUCCAUGGCUCUUCUCUGCUCUUCGCCAUAUUUUCUUCUGGAUUCUGGAAAAAAAAUGUCAACUUCAAGGUUGUUGUCCAUGAUUUGUCCAACUUGCGGAUAUUCAUUGGACUUGCUAAUUGAUCUUGUACAUUUUUAUUCAAAUACAAAUUAAACUCCAAGACAACAAUUUUGCCUUUGUAUUUUUUGUUCAUUUGAUGUUGCAUUGUCUGUCAUAGUGGUUCAAAAUAAUUUUGUGAACAUUGUAAGUGACAAGAAAUCCAACAGACAGACUGAGGUCCAAGUGAAUGAUUUGUGUGUCAGUGAUGUAAAUAGCACGCUCACAUUGGUCAUUAUUUUUGCCUGUUCUUAUAAUGGUCUAUCUGCCUCAGCCUACUACAAUAUGAAAAGCUUAUAUACUCUCCAUAAAUACUGUUCAUAUGUAUUUUUUGUCUACCGGUAGUCUACAAUAAAGAAAAAAAGUUGCCAAAUG